AUGUUCAAAACACUUAAUGUUUCGGCAUGUGAUGAGGCUCUCCGUCACACUCUGCAGAUCGUGUCAGCUCUUCAUGGCAUCAUUCAUUACCUGAUCAGCUUCUCCAAACUGGGAAACAGACAAGACUCUUUAAGAUGGGGGAGAGGACAUGAUGCAGCAGGGUCACUUCUGGCGGCUGACUGGGGAGGCGCUGAAAGCAUCGGAACAGAGUUGCAGGAGCUCCAGCAGCAGGUUGAUCAUCUCUCUGAUCCCAGCAACCUGGAGUCUGUCGGCCGCCUGCUGCAGCUGCGCAGGCAGGUCCUCCUGCUGCAGUUUGAUACUGCUGUCAGAAUCUUUGUCAGGGAGGCUUUCCUCUCCUCUGGUGAUGUUACUUCCUGCCAGAGUGUAAAUGACAACAUGGCGAACGCUCUCCCUCCAAUGAUUGGCUGCAUCCAGGCUGACGUCUUCAGUCUCACGCUGCCCGUUCCUCAACCUUUGGAGAAUCAAGGCUGUCAGGCACAGAGGAUGUAUCCAUGGAGGAGUUUCAUAGCCUGUCAUGGACUGCUCCCUCUUCAUGUUUGGGAUGUCCCACCUACUGAACACUGCAUGCAGCUCUGUUUGAGCAGCCUGAGCAGUCGCAGCAGACUGCAGGCCAAUGCUGCAAUCCUCGGGGUGUCCCUGCUCAUGGAGGACGUCCUGAAUGGUGGAAGAGAGGCAGAGCCUGUUCGUCUCCAUGGCAACAAAGAUGACUUUCAGCAUAGUGGCACACCUAAUGAAGUAGCGACAGUUUCUAACAAGGGAAAUAAAAGCUGCAGAGAAGAUGAUGAAGAAGAGGAGAUAAAGAUCAAUUCCUCAAACCUUCAAGAUCCAAUCAGAGUCCAGUCUGUGCUGAAAGGUUUUCUCCUGCUGACAAAGCAGCUGGAGGUCUUCAAGGAGAGAUGGGCUCUAAGACGUUUAGGCGCCGAUGUCUUCAGUACACCUGCUUUGUAUCAACAGUUUGUAAAACUUUACCGAGAUGAAAUCUUUUACCCCAGUAUGAGAGCUCUGGCUAAACAAAUGGAUAAAGAGCAUCACUAUGAGGUUUUAAUCUCUGGCACCCAGUCUCUUCUGCCCCCUCCUGGAGCUUCAGAGGUUGAUGUGAAAGCCUGGCAGGUACAAGCACAAUGA